GAGGUUGAAGCGCAUUGUGAUUCGGGUGUUACUGUCCAGCGUCCAAUCACCAUCGUCUCUCUUAUUUAUCUCUCUCUCCUUCUCUCUCUAUCACCUUGCUCUCCAGUCCCGCUACUCUCAGAUCUCUCUCUCUCUCCUCCUCCUCCUCCUCCUCCUCCUCCGAUCGAUCCGAUCCGCCGGCGAUCGCCAAGAGCUUCAAGAAAGUAGGCGCAAUGGGUCGUGGAGUUAGCAGUGGUGGAGGACAGAGUUCUUUGGGCUACCUUUUCGGUAGUGGAGAGGCUCCAAAGGCAGCUGCAAGCAGUCCUCAGACUGCUCCGGCUGAGGUGGAUAAUCCACCUCCCUCAAAACCUGCGGUUGUUUCUCCUCCAGUAGAUGUUACCAAGCAGAUUCCUGCUGGGAUUCAUAGUACUUCCUCAAACAACUACAUGAGAGCUGAUGGUCAGAACACGGGCAACUUCCUCACGGAUCGGCCCUCGACCAAGGUCCACAAUGCCCCUGGGGGCGGAUCAUCUCUGGACUACCUUUUCGGUGGCGCAGGUAAGUGAGUCUGGACAGGCCUUUGCGCAUGUCUCCUCAAUUGGAGGUUACCGCUGAAAAGAUCCAAGUGGAGCCUGUGACUUUGGACAAUCGAGUGCUUUUAUUGUUUUGUAAUCCGAGUACUGAAACUUUACUGCAUCAAGUUGUGUAAUAUGUUUGAUGUGGUUGCUGUUUUUUUGUUGGACUGCAAUUUGAAGCAAAAUAUCAGCUUGCGCAGCAGGUGCAUAUACGUCUGCUGCGAAUCUUGAUAUCAGCAGAACUUGUUUUCUUCAAUCCAUUAAUUUUUACAUUUUGCGA